AUGGAUGAAGCCAAAAAAGAAAUACUGACAGCAGGUAAAAGGAAGAAGAGGUUGAAUUUAAACAAGAAAGAAAUAGAAGCACUGGAGCAAUUAAAAGAAGACCCAAACAUUGUGAUAAAGAAAGCAGACAAAGAUGGAGCCCUAGUAGUACUAAAAACAGGAAACUACAGAGCUAUGGGCAGAGCCCACCUUAAAGAUAAAGAAACAUAUGUCCCCCUAGUGGACGAAGAAGAAGCCCUGAGGAAUGUAGAUAAUGAAUCCAAAAGGCUUGUAAAUAGAUUUUACACCCUGGAUUCCCCCGGAAAGAAGUGCACCAGUUUUAAAGCAGCCCAGAGAGAUGCCUUGUUAGCACACAAACCCAGCAUCCCACAUUGGUACAUUCUUCCGAAAACACACAAGAAAAUAGAUGAAGAAUUAGGUACCUGGCCAGGAAGACCAGUACUCAGCGGCUGUUGUGCCCCCACCAGACCUGUGGAUAGGCUACUUACCACAUAUUUAGCACCACUAUUAGAUCUCCUACCAGAAAGAUUACAAGACACUUCGGAUUUCCUCAGAAAGAUAAGAGAAUUUCCACAGAUCCCGAGAGGAGCUCUGAUUUUUUCCUUUGAUAUUGUAUCCCUGUAUCCAUCCAUACCCCAAGAAGAGGCGGCAUGGGUGGUUUCACAUUUCUAUGAAAAGAACUUUGGAUAUGUGCAAGGCAGACUCAGGCAUGAUUUUAACAUACAAGCCCCACCCCCUUACCUAAUAAAGGAAGGGAUUGACCAUGUUUUAAAUGGAACCCUACUAAGGUACGACCAUGGUUACUACAGGCAGAAUAAAGGCACAGCAAUAGGUGCGUCGGUAUCUGUAGCUAUUGCUGAGAUCUUCGUGCAUGCGAGCAUUGAAAAAGAAAGGAAAAAGAUGCAGAAGCAACCCUUGGUGUUCUUCAGGUACAUUGAUGACAUUUUCGGGAUUUUUGACGGGAAAGAAGAUGAACUGAGAGAGUACCAUGAGGGGCUGAACAAGAUACACCCCGACCUUCAAUUUACGCUGGAAUUUGACAGCCAAAAGCUCCCUUUUCUGGACACUCUAGUGUAUGUAGAUGGAGAAGGAAACCUACAAACCACGGUGUUCUACAAGCCCUCCAACACGCAUCAAUAUUUACAUUUCCACUCGAGCCAUCACCCAAACCUCAAGAGAUCCCUCCCCUUCUCACAAGGUAUAAGGAUCAAAAGAAUUGUGAGCGACCCGAUGAACCUAGAAGAAUCACUAGAAGAAAUGUUCAAGUUCUUCAGGCUCAGAGGAUACACCCACAAGAUACUAAAUGAGGCAAAGAAAAGAUUGAACGAAUUAACUCGAGAAGACCUGUUGUCGGAGAAGAACAGAAAUGGAACAGGCAGAAUCAUUUUCCCCAUGUUAUACUCCCCGAACAUAGCGUCAAUCCUGAGGACUUCCAUCAACAACAUCUGGUCUUGGCUCCAAAAGAACGCCGAGGACAAACCCUGGGAACAAUGGUUCAAAGAUCCGCCCCCUAUGAUCGCGUGGAAAAAAGAUCAAGCCAUUGUACAGCCCCUCUGCGUGGGAGUCCCGGCGAUGAAUAUCCUGAGUCCCUUCCUCUACCUCGAGUACUGGAAUCGGACCCCUAGUAAGCCUAAUAGGGGGAUGACGCUGACUGUCCUUAAUUGUCCCUAA